AUGAGGGACGUCACCCGCAAGAUGGUGGCAGACGUCGCCAUACUCGCCGUCAGCCAGGUCGCCUUCUUCUACGCCUUCCGCUACAUCCUCGCCUCGCUAGACCCCAACAAGCAAAAGAGGCAGGACUCGAAAAAGGUCUCGGACGCCAAGCUCGACAAGCUCGGCCUGAAGCGCCAGGACCUCCAGCUCAACGAGUACGAGGAGCAGAUCUCGGCCGAGCUCAUCCUCCCCGAGGACAUCCCCGUCGACUUUGCCUCGAUCGGCGGCCUCGACGGCAUCAUCUCGUCGCUCCAGGAGAGCGUCAUCGCUCCCCUCUGCUACCCGGAGCUCUUCACCAACGCCAGCGGCCUCCUCGGCGCACCCAAGGGCGUCCUCCUCUACGGCCCGCCAGGCACCGGAAAGACGAUGCUCGCAAAGGCCCUCGCAAAGGAGAGCGGCGCCACGUUCAUCAACAUGCACGUCUCGACCCUUACCAACAAGUGGUUCGGCGAGUCCAACAAGCUCGUCUCGGCCCUCUUCAGCCUCGCCCGCAAGCUGCAGCCUGCCAUCAUCUUUAUCGACGAGAUCGACAGCUUCCUUCGCGAGCGCGCCACCGGCGACCACGAAGUCACGGGCAUGAUGAAGGCCGAGUUCAUGACCCUGUGGGACGGUCUGACAUCGUCUUCGGACCGCAUCCUUGUGCUCGGCGCCACCAAUCGGCCAAACGACAUUGACUCGGCCAUCCUGCGCCGGCUGCCCAAGCGUUACGCCGUCUCGCUGCCCAACGCCGCGCAGCGCGAAAAGAUCCUGGGCAUCAUGCUGUCCUCGACGCCGCUCGACGCCAGCUUCAACCUGCGCGACCUCGUCAAGAUGACCGAGGGGUAUAGCGGCAGCGACCUCAAGGAGCUCUGCCGCAACGCCGCCAUGAGGCCGGUGCGCGAGUACCUGCGGAGCAAGGCCGGGCGGCAAUCGGUGCUGGACCGCAAAAAGGGCCAGACGGCCUCGUCGGCCACGGCAGUCAUGGUGCCGGGCAACGGCGGAGGCGCUCUGGCAAACGGAGGCCCGGGGGCAGCAACAGCAGCAGCAGCGGGGGCGACGACGGCGUCGGGGGGCAAGAUCCAGACGCGGCCUCUGCGGAACAGCGACUUUUUCGUCAACGACUCGGCCGCGACGCCGAUGGGUGGCUCGAGAGGCGGGCCGAUGCAGGUGGACGAGGAGCCGCUAGACUAG